AUCUUCAUCACUUCUCUCACAAUUUCAAUCUUCAACAACUCUAUAAUUGAUCAUGGCUGCCCCUUCAAUCUUCAUGGCAACUCCCCUCUCCGGUACUCAACUUCCUUCCUUCAAGAGGCAUUCCGCCUUCUCCGUCAAGUGUAUGUCGUCUCAGCUACCAAACGACGGUAAAACCGCCGGAUCCAGUUCCAAAACACCAGAAUCACCACCAACGCCUAUGGCUACUCCUCCUCCUCCGCCACGUGCUCCCAAGGUGAGCACCAAAUUCUCUGACGUCUUGGCGUUCAGUGGACCAGCACCGGAAAGGAUCAAUGGAAGGUUGGCGAUGAUAGGAUUUGUGUCGGCGAUGGCGGUGGAAUUGAGCAGCGGUCAAGAUGUGUUGACUCAGAUCUCCAACGGCGGAGUAGUGGUGUUUGUAGGGACGAGCGUGGUGUUGUCGCUGGCGUCGUUGGUGCCGUUGUUUAAAGGGGUUAGCGUGCAGUCGAAGUCGAAGGGGAUAAUGAGUUCCGAUGCGGAGCUGUGGAAUGGGCGGGUUGCGAUGUUGGGUUUGGUGGCUCUGGCUGUUACUGAAUAUGUGAAAGGCAGUGCUCUUGUGUAAUCUUUAUAUAAAACCAAAAUAUUAAA